GCGGAAUGUGGCGCUGAGAUGCAGCACGACUGAAGGACUACAUACACACUGCCACCACAAUCAUCCAGCUAGGUUUAUGUUAAAGGAUUACGUACGGAGACGUUCUGCCACGCUCGUUUUUCUCACGGUUUGUACAUAUGCUGUGAUGAGCGCUUGAGGUUUACUUUCUGCCCUGGGCAGCUGGCCUGCAGGAGCAGGAGCUUUGGGGACAGCAGUGGCAGACAGAAACAGAGAUCCAGCAAAGCUGCCAUGGCCAGUGCAGCAGAUGGCAUUGGGGGUUUGGGUACAGAGCAGACCCACCUCAAUGUGCCAGUAGCAGACCCCAGCGCUUGGGCCACAGCCAUGAAUAACUUAGGCAUCAUGCCUAUAGGCCUAACCGGGCAGCAGUUGGUGUCAGAUUCAAUCUGUAUCCAAGGUUUUGACCCCAACUUGGGUAUUAUUGCACCCAUUAACCCCAUGAUGGCAGGAAUCAGUUUGGUGCCUCCGCCACCUGUGCAGCCUGAACUACCCAUCAUCAAAGAGAUUAUCCAUUGUAAUAGCUGUACACUUUUCCCCCAGAACCCCAAUCUUCCACCUCCAUCAACCAGAGAGCGGCCUCCAGGCUGUAAAACAGUGUUUGUUGGUGGACUGCCUGAGAAUGCCAGCGAAGAGAUUAUCCGAGAGGUGUUUGACCAGUGUGGUGAAAUUGUUGCUAUCCGAAAGAGCAAGAAAAACUUCUGUCACAUCCGCUUUAGUGAAGAGUUCAUGGUGGACAAGGCCAUUUAUCUUUCUGGCUACCGGAUGCGCAUUGGUUCCAGCACAGAUAAAAAGGAUUCAGGCCGCAUCCAUGUGGACUUUGCCCAAGCAAGGGAUGACUUGUAUGAGUGGGAAUGCAAACAGAGGCUAUUAGCACGGGAAGAACGUCAUCGGCGCAAAAUCCAGGAAGACCGCUUGCGACCUCCUUCCCCCACUCCCAUCAUGCACUACUCAGAACAUGAGGCAGGCCUGCUUGCUGAAAAACUGAAAGAUGACAGCAAGUUCAGUGAGGCCAUAGCAGUACUGUUCACAUGGAUAGAAAGGGGUGAGGUGAACCGACGCAGUGCCAAUCAAUUCUACUCCAUGAUCCAGUCAGCCAACAGUCAUGUGCGGCGCCUGAUGAACGAGAAGGCGCAGCAUGAAGAGGAAAUGGAGCAAGCCAAAGAGCAUUUCAAGAACGCACUACUCGCUAUCCUCACCCAAUUUGAGCAGAUUACGGGCGUAUUCAGCGCUGCCACCCGGCAAAAGGCUUGGGACCAUUUCUCAAAAGCACAGCGCAAGAACAUAGACAUUUGGCGAAAGCAGUGUGAGGAGCUGAGAAAUGCCCACAGUGAGGAGAUCAUGGGAAUCCGAAGGGAAGAAGAAAUGGAGAUGUCAGAUGAAGACCUAGAGGAAAACCCAUGUAAGAAGGGUCGAAUGGAUAACUCAGCUCUGGCUGUGUGCUCUUAUGGCCUGCGAGAGGAGAACGACAGUCUGCGUUGGCAGCUGGAUGCCUACAGGAAUGAAGUGGAACUGUUGAAGGAGCAGGGAAAGAUGCAGCAUCCUGAUGAGGAACAAAAUCAUGAGCACCAGCUCAGCUUCCUGCAGCAAACAAUGCACAGCAUGCAGCAGCAACUACUGAGGCUCCAGGAUGAGCUGAAGGGAAAGGAACUGGAGCUGGAGCAGGCACGAGAUGAGCAGCGAUACCUAGAGGGUGAGAUCUUCAGUCUCAGGGAGAAGCUAUUAAACAGCACAGACUUGGUGGAAGGAUCAAUCCACACCACUAACACUCCUGAAAAGGGAGUAAAUGGCACUGCAGAACACUAUCAGCAUCGAGAGAAGAGCAAUGAGGGGGUGACACGUGGUCCUCUAAGAUCUGAGAAGGAAGCCGUGUUACUUGGAGUUAUAUCAACCUUCCUACAUGUCCACCCUUUUGGAGCUAACAUUGAGUAUCUCUGGUCUUAUAUUCAAAGACUUGAUGCAAAGGUCUCUGCCAGUGAGUUAGAGCGGCUGAUGGUUCGCCUACCAAACAUGUUCAAGCAGGAGUUCAGUGGUGUUGGUGCCACGUUGGAAAAACGCUGGAAGUUCUGCGGUUUUGAGGCCCUCAGCUCAACAUUGCAAAGAGAAAGAGACAGUUGCUGACACUGAGGUUACAGGAUCUGUGAACGCUGUGCCUCGGUGACAGACAGAAUGAGACUGGCCAAAGCCUCACAGAAACUCAGUGCAGGGUUCUCCCUCACUGCUAUAGCUGUCACUCCUGCUGUUCUGGUUUAGAAAUGGUGAAAUAUGACAGGAAAGGAAAAAUCACAGAAUCAGGAUAGAUGUGCUUACUUGAAGAAGCUCUAUUCAGAUGUCUGAUCCUGUUGCGUAACUUCCUGUCAACAGCAGGGGGAAAAAGCUAGGAAUACAGCACUGCUAAGUUCUACAUGAAGAACGUGGAAUAUGGAUUUGUAGUGACACACAAGUGUGCACACAACAGAUCCAGUGGCUGAAGCUCUUCACUGUACUGAACAUUUACUUGAAAGAAAGUGUUCAAAGAGUUUCAAAGUUUUUUGUCCGGCUUUUUCUUUCAUGCUAGUUAUUUUGGGAACUUCAGCCGUGGUAAAUGCCCCAGUAUCGUAAACAUGCUGCAGUUAAUAUUUACUCAUGAAUUGAGUGACCAGUGCAUAUUUCACUGUUAGGGGUCUUUUGCUGUUGUCUGGACAGUAUGUAAUGUGCAUUUUCCUUGUGUCAUAAUGCACCAUCAUUAUUGGUUCAUGUUAAUUAUGACUCUCAAAAAUUCUAUUAAAAACCAUUUUUAUUCAAACCCAAACACUGCUACACAUGCAGAGAUGAAAUCUGUCACAUCACUGUCUCAAAAUCAUAUUUUUUUGUGUUUAUUUUUC